UGAGGGGCGGUGAGGGGCCGUGAGGGGCCGGGCCCCGGGCUCCCUCAGGCUCCCCCCGGGCGGGGCAGGGCGGGCGCGGCCCCAGCGCCGCGCUCCCCCCGCGCUUCCCGGCGCGCUGCAAGAUGGCGGCGGGAGCCGAGCGCGGCGCGGCGGUGCCGGCGGAGCCGCCGCCGCUGAGCGCCGAGGAGGUGGCGAGGCGGCUGGCGAGCACCCGCCGAGAGCUGGGCAACCGCCGCAAGAUCCUGCUGCGGAACCUGCCGGCCGAGAGCAGCAGCCAGGAAAUCCACGACUUGUUUAAAGAUUAUGAAAUCAAGUAUUGUUAUGUGGACAGGAAUAAAAGAACAGCUUUUGUCACCCUGUUGAACGGGGAGCAGGCCCAGAGCGCCAUCAGGAAAUUCCACCAGCAUUCCCUGCGUGGCAAGGAGAUCUCCGUGCAGCUCCAGCCGACGGAUGCUCUGCUGUGCAUCACCAACCUGCCCCUUUCCCUCAGGAUAGAGGAGUUUGAGGAGCUGGUGCGUGCCUAUGGCAAUGUGGAGAGGUGUUUCCUGGUCUACAGCGAGCUCACCGGCCAUUCCAAGGGCUAUGGAUUCGUGGAAUACAUGAAGAAGGACUCUGCUGCCAAGGCCAGGCUGGAACUCCUGGGCAAGCAGCUGGAGGAGAGCACUCUGUUUGCACAGUGGAUGGAUGUGAACCAGCUGACCACAAACCUCAUUCACUCCAAGUGCCUUUGCGUGGAUAAAUUACAAAAAGACUGCGCUGAUUCGAAAGAGCUGAUCCAGGCUUUCUCCCUCAAGUACAAACCUGUGUUCUGCCAGUUUGCCCAGGACGAGGACGGCGGCAGCGGGGAUUUUGCCGUGGUGGAGUACGAGAGCGCGGAGCAGGCGGAGAGCGUGAGAGGGGCCAUGGACGGGGUGACCAUCAACGGCAGGAGGGUCCAGGUGUCCUUCUGUGCCCCUGGAGCACCGGGCAGGAGCACCUUGGCAGCUCUGAUAGCGGCACAGAGGAUGAUGAGGAACAACAGGAAGGGCUUGCUUCCAGAGCCAAAUCCAAUGCAGAUCAUGAAAAGUUUUAACAAUCCAGCAAUGCUGCAGAUGCUGCUGCAGCCCCAGCUGCGUGGCCACGCUGUUAAACCUGUUCUUGGAGCAUCUGCAGGUUUACCUCACCUCAUAAAUUCAGCAGUUGGGCCACCUUUUUUGCAGUUGAAUAAAGUUCAUCAGAGCUCAAUUCUGGGGAACACCUCCAGCCUGCUGCUGCAGAGCCCUGCCCACCUGCCCCUGCCCCAGCAGCAGCUCCUGAAGAUGGAAAACAUGCAGGCAAACAGUAAACCAGGUUUGCUGGGAGAACCUCCAACAAUGCUCCUGCAGACAGUGCUGGGCAUAGGGGUGAUGCCAGCAGUGAACUCAGGCCUGGCAACACGAGGAGAAGCUCUCAAGUCAUCUAACCCCGCUCCCAUUGCAGCAGCGGCAGGGAUGGGCAUGCUGCCAUUCUUCCCAAAUCAGCACAUUGUUGGACAAGCUCUUCCCGGGCCCAACGCCGCUCCAGACAAAGGCGAGGCGGUGCCGGGAGCGCAGCCCUUCCCUCCGGCACUGCCCAGCCUCCCCGCCGGGGCCCUGCGUGCUGCCCCCUCCAAGGCUCCCGGGCAGCUCAAGAACUGCGACUCCAGCCUGGGGACUCCCUUGAAGAAACAGACUUCUCUGCUUGGGGAACCCCCAAAAGAAAUUCGACUGAGCACCAACCCCUACUUGAAUUUGGCAAGUGUUUUGCCUGGCAUCUGUCUGCCAGCAGCAAUUGCCAGCAAAGCCUCCAGUCCUCCACAGCAGACCAGCCUUCCAAACAAUGUCAUGGAUGCUGCUGUGUCUCAGGGAACUGCAUCACAACAUGCAAUGGAAAAUUAUUUCAGUUAUUCCCAGCAGCCUGGGGAAUACCCACAGGAGGCUGUCCAGCAGUGGUACCAGCAUUAUGCUCAGGCACAUCACUCUACCCAGGCCAGAGUGGAUGGCUUGGAAAAUGAAGCCUCUGAGGAAUUGCUGCACACCCGAGCUGCUGGGAAUUGCACCUCUUGUUACUCAGGAAUCUACAGGUGGAUCUUUCCCAGACUACAGCACCUGCCUGCAGGUGGUGCCUCCCCUUUUGAGUGGAGCCCAGGGAUCCCAGCAGGGCUUGCAGCCUCCUCCAGCAAAUCCCUUAAAGCAGGUGGCCCCGAAGCGCAGCUCCUCGUACCUCAUGUCCUCCCCCGAGCCCGGCCCCGUGGAAUUCCCGGCUCCCGGCGGAGCCGCGCGCUACUCGGAAUCCUCCCUGAAGAAGAAGCGCGUGUAUUGAUCCAUCAUCAUCAUCAUCCCCACGGCUUGAUCGAUUCCCAGCCCGGCCCGGGGUAGGGAAGGCAGGUGGGAAUCCCUCUGUAUUUAUUGCUGCCUUAACUUCAGACAAUGAGUUCUUUCUGUGUGGGGUGAGCGUCCCAAGAGGAGCCAGCUCUGUCCCGGCACAUCCAAGGACGCUGAUGGGCGUGGCAGAGGUGGUGGCUGCUUUCACUUGGAGAGGAGGGGACAGUGUUGGCUUUGUCACCUGUGGGCUGAGGGACAACAGCACAGGACUUGGGGAGCUGGGACAGCUCCAGCUGAAAGCAAUAAAAACUCAGAGGAAAGCAAGCUGAUCCUUUCUCCAGUCCUCAGCCUGAGGAAGUUAAAAGAGGAAGUCUUGAUAGUAAUUAUUUUGUAUUUUUUUAAGUCAGAAUGUGGGGUUGGUUUUUUUUUUUCCCCAACUUUCCUUUUUCCAGGAUUAAGAGCUCUGCAUUUACAGCCUUUCAAUUUUUAAUAUUUCUUCUUAAUCCUGGAAUGGAGCGAUACCAAAUGGAUUCCCAGAGCCUCGGUGACGUUCUCAAUAAAUGCCUGUUCAAAGGGAGAUGAUAUCCUGUGCUGCCUUGGCAUAUUCCCUGGGAUUUGGAGAGUUGAUCAUUGGACAGUGGAAUAACUCUGUUUUUUAGGCUGAGAAUCCACAGUUUUUCCAUGGAGAAAGUAAUUCCCAGUGUGAGGCAGCAUCCUCCUUCCACAGGUGUGGGACAGCUCUUCCUGGGCCACCCCACAUUUGUUUCCCACUUUUGAGUGUAUUUUCCUUCGUUUUUUUUUAAAGACUUUUUGUAUUUUUAGCUUAUUAUCAGCUUUGGCUCGAGUUGUUCUCUUCUGCCAUCAGCCCUUGGAGCUGGAGAUCAGCAAUCCUUCCUUUUGCCACAGGUAAAUGAGGAGCCAGCCCUCAUUCCAAGGCUUUUCCCCCUUGGAAUCCUGCUGCAAAUCCAUUUGGAUUGAGUUCACCAAGGCCAGGAGCCACCUCCUUCUCCCUUUUCUUUGCUAGAGAACACUGAAGCCAUUUUUCAAUACUGAUUGUUUUUUUUUAAAUUAAAAGUCUUAAACUUUGCCUUUCAAGCUUUGGGGUGUGACCAGGAUCCACAUUUUCAAAGCUUAAAAAAAUCCCAGUCAAAAUCCCUCUUCCCUCAGCUGCUGGAACUGCUCCACAAACAGGAGCCAGGAGCUUUUCUGGGAUUCUGCCUGUAUGUAUUGUUAAAUUCACUUGUAAUAUUUUGUUUCAGCUGUUUGUAUAUGCAACUUUCUCAACUUGUUACACUUUUCAAUGAAAAUAAAUUGUUGGUACUUAUUUCAAGUGGAUUUUUGUGGGAGGAAAACAGCCCAGGGCUCCUUUGAUCAGGUAAGGUAGGAAAAUGUUUUGGAAGAAGAUCAUUCCUAUGGAAAUUCCAUUUUAAAAACUGUUUAUGAUUAAAAAGGGAGGCACAUGGAGAAAAAAAAAAAAAAAUCUUUAUUAGACUUGUUUGUAUAAAGAGUAACAAAGUGCUUACAGAUUAAAUUCAGCUUCCUAAGUGACAUACAGAAACAAUAACACUGUAAAAAUAAAUCUGACCUCCUUGGAGCUCAUAAUUACAAUUCUUUAUAUAUAUUUAUAUAUAUAUAUAUAUAGACCUCUUUCUAUUAUUGCCAAAACUUGAGGAUCUCUUCAGAGCAUUUUCCAACUCCAGAU